UUCCAGAUCUAGCAUGGGAGCGCACUCCGAUAAUCGGCGAAGAUUUAGCUUUUGUUAAGGCUUUCCCUAAUCACUGGUCCAUUUUCGCAUUCGCAGAAGUCAACAUCCUAGGAAAGACAUUUUCAAGGGAGAAACAUCAUCAUCAAGAUCUCCAUCUUAAAUCUCGUCAAGAUCUCCUCUGCAUCUGAGCUCUAAUUUCAUGCGUGGAAUGCAUCACUUAGUGGGUGAUAUCAAAGAAACAUUUUUUGCUGGUCAUGGAUCUGGUCGAGGAUGGAAGGUGCACCUGGAGGACCUCGACGAGGAUGCGGAAACGGAGGAAAGCCCACACCGAAG